AACGUUCUAAGUUCUAACCUUCCUUUCUCUCUCUCCCUCUCUCAACUCUUAGAUCUCUGUUUCCGUUUCAACUUUCGCAUAAAUCUUUGAGCUUUGAGGAUUUUCCGUUCUGUUCCGUUGGUGGGUCUUUCUUCUCUCAAAGAUGGCCACCGGAGUGAACAGAAAAAUUUCCGCAGCAUCAGCGCGUGCUCACACCAGAAGGGCAAAGAAAACCUCUUCCGUGUCUCUCCCUUCAGGAAUUCUUAGAACAACACUAGCUGUGUUGUUUAUUGGGUUUCUAGCAUGGGCUUAUCAGGUUAGUCGACCUCCUCCUCCCAAGAUAUGUGGCACUCCUGAUGGACCGCCUAUAACAGCAUCAAGAAUCAAAUUAAGAGACGGAAGGUAUUUGGCAUACAAAGAGCACGGUGUUCCAAAAGAGGCAGCCAAGUAUAAAAUCAUCUAUGUCCAUGGUUUUGAUAGUUGCAGGCAUGACGCCACGGUUGCCAAUAACCUAUCGCCUGAUGUUGUUGAGGAGAUGGGGAUCUACAUUGUAUCUUUUGACAGACCUGGUUAUGGGGAAAGUGAUCCUGAUCCAAAUCGUACAUUAAAAAGCAUAGCUUUAGAUAUAGAAGAGCUUGCAGAUCAGCUGGGAUUGGGGUCCAAAUUCUACGUGGUUGGUUUAUCCAUGGGUGGUCAAAUUGCUUGGAACUGCCUUAAGUAUAUACCUCACAGGCUGGCAGGUGCAGUACUUGUAGCCCCAGCUGUCAACUACUGGUGGGCUGGUCUUCCUGCAAACUUAACUACUGAAGCCUAUAAUCAAAAUAAAUUACAAGACCAAUUGGCGCUUCGCGUCGCACACUACAUGCCAUGGCUAACUUACUGGUGGAACACUCAACGAUGGUUUCCAGGAUCUGGUGUAAUUGCUCAUAGUCCACAUAUUUUAUCUCAUCAAGACAAAGAACUUGUGUCUAAGUUGUCUCAUAGAAAUAGUUAUUUGGCACAGGUAAGACAGCAAGGUGAUUAUGAAACUGUCCACCGUGACUUAAAUAUUGGAUUUGGUAACUGGGAAUAUAGUCCCAUUGAUCUUGAAAACCCAUUUCCAAAUAAUGAAGGUUCUGUCCAUCUUUGGCAAGGAGACGAGGAUGUGAUGGUUCCAGUUACACUGCAACGUUACAUAGCGCAAAACCUUCCAUGGAUUCAAUAUCAUGAACUUCAAGGUUCUGGUCACUUGUUUGUUUAUGCUGAUGGAAUGAGUGAUACUAUCAUCAAGUCACUUUUACACGCGAAGUAGGCUUCUUCUGUGUGGGUUAUUGUCUGUGAGAUGUAGGCUUCUAUGUUGGUUACUGUCUAUCUCAAGUCAGUUUUGGCAUUUCAUAUCUCAGUUUUGGAGAAUUCAAACUGUUGAACAGAAUGAUGUAUUAUCAACUUUGAACAACAUUGAGUACACUUAGUGCAUGUUUGCUUUAGUGUCAUGUUUGUCUCUAUCCACGUCUUGCAAAUGCAAGCCAUUGUAGCUUCUAUGUACGUUGACGUGAUAUUUCUAGUGGAUGUGGUUUAUGUACGCAGAUCCAAACAUUCACCUAACGGUAGGGAGAAUCGAAUUACUUAAUAAUUGUAUGGA